AUUAACUGAUCAUUAACUGCUGGUUAUCGCGCAGACAGAGAGAGCGCCGCAGGUCAGAGUGAAAUUAAUGAAGGAGUGGCUGAGAUUAGGGUGCGGACAGUCAGUUGGUUGGCGCUUGGUUGAUGGGGAACAAGGUUUGAAGAUGGAUUACUUCAACUACUUUGAGAAUUUUAAUGACACUUACCAGGACUAUGACUACAAUGCUGCUUUUACGGAGGCUACUCCCCUCUUCCAGCCAGCUGUCGUUUUGGCUGCCUCAUAUGUGAUUGCAUGGAUUGUAGUAUGGAUAGGCUUCCCACUCACCAUGCUAGCAAUUUGUGCAUUUCACUCACAGAUUAAAGAAGAUAAAGUGGCACCAGUCUUUGUCGUCAAUCUCCUACUCUCGGAGCUCAUCCAGAUAUGCUGCUUGUUGUUCCGGGUUUUAAAACCUGACAGUUAUGAAGCAAUCUGUAUUUCUAGAGUGAUCUACUAUGUUGGUGUGAAGGCCAGUGUUGGCUUCAUGAUGUGUGUUGCCCUAGAAAGGUUUCUGGUCAUCGCCUGGCCAUUGUGGUAUCGCUUCAAACGAAGCAUCAAAGUCUCUGUGUGGAUCUGUGCUGCAGUUUGGGUCAUAAGUCUUAUUGAGUUUCCUAAUGCAUCAUUUCUGUCUUAAGUUUACAAGAUAAUUUUAAGAUCCACCUUCUUCUUUCUCUCCGUCCCACUUCUCAUCAUUUGUCUAGUCGGGACAUUUAAAGAUUUAUCUGCUGAGUUUGUCCCUCCCAGAAAAAGACUCGGGUUAGUUGGAAUUUUGGUGCUGGUGCUGAUAACUUGCACAGUGUUGUUCAUGUCCUUGAUCAUCCAGCUCCUGUAAAGGAGAUUAAUAUCUUCAGAAAAUGUUGCUGAAAAAUGGCAUAUUGUCUCACCUGCCUCAUUCAUUCAGUUCAAUUAACUUGCAGACCUGGUGGUUAAAAAAGAGCUUGCUUGUUUGUGUUGUUUCAACAUUUUGAAAGAGGGAAAUGGUGACCUCUGCAGUGCUACAACUGAAACUGCAUGAAAUGAUUUGCAAUGUAACUGACUGGUAAAAAAAAAAAAAGUUGGGCAAGACAGAAUGUGGUAUUUAGGAAUGCUAUUUAUAGUUUUCUGAGAUUUUAAAUGUUAAUCAAAAUGUGAUUAAAGCUGUCCCUUUUUGCGAUCAUUUUAA